GACAUUCCUGACCAAACCUACGGUGGCCCGUACAACCAGAUGGGCGGGUCGUCGCAGGCGUAUUCGCGCAACAACAGCGGCCGCAGCACCUACAACGAGUCCAAGUCUGGGCUCAAACACUUCUCAGCGUACAUGCUGUUCUAUGUCAGUAGGGGACCUAAGCCUACGACAACCGCCACCACUGUUGGUAAGUAUCAU